GGAAGCCGGGAAGACCCCCGAACCGUUCCCAUUGAGCCGCCCUUCGUUUUUCGCUUUCUUCACUUCUCCUCUGCCGCGUUGCCAACAAGCACCCAAUCCCAAAGCUGAGAAAGCAGCCCGGGUGUGAGCGCGUUCGGCCCUCCUGCGGGAGGAUUCACUGGGGAGCAGGGCAGGGGGGAGGGCCCGGGCAAACGGUUGCUGCCUCAGCCUGGGCCGGGGUCCGCGGAGGGGAAGCUCCUGGCACCAGGUGGGCGCGUGACCGGCGGCGGCCCCGGCGAGGUGCUCGCCGACCGCGGCUCGCGCGAACCUGCCACCGGCGCCUCCCACCGCGGCCCACGCGGACGGCGCGCGGAGGAGGCGGCGGCGGCGGCGGCUGCGACCUGGGCCAGCUCGGGAGUGUGAUCGGCUUCGGGGCCGCGGUGGAUGGUUUCUAAGAUGAUCAUUGAAAACUUCGAGGCACUCAAGUCCUGGCUCAGCAAGACCCUCGAGCCCAUCUGUGAUGCCGAUCCAUCAGCCCUAGCAAAAUAUGUUUUGGCUCUGGUAAAGAAAGACAAAAGUGAAAAAGAAUUAAAGGCAUUAUGCAUUGAUCAACUUGAUGUAUUUCUUCAGAAAGAGACGCAAAUAUUUGUGGAAAAACUUUUUGAUGCUGUGAAUACAAAGAGUUAUCUACCUCCUCCAGAGCAGCCGUCAUCAGGAAGCCUGAAGGUAGACUUUCUUCAGCACCAAGAAAAAGAUAUAAAAAAAGAAGAGCUGACAAAGGAGGAAGAGCGAGAGAAGAAGUUUUCCAGAAGGCUGAAUCACAGUCCUCCCCAGUCAAGCUCCCGAUACAGAGACAAUAGAAGCCGUGAUGAGAGGAAAAAAGAUGAUCGUUCUCGAAAAAGAGAUUAUGAUCGAAACCCUCCUCGAAGAGAUUCAUACAGAGACCGGUAUAAUAGAAGGCGAGGGAGAAGCCGCAGUUACAGCCGGAGUCGAAGUCGAAGCUGGAGUAAAGAGAGGCUUCGUGACAGGGAUAGAGAUCGAAGCAGGACAAGGAGCAGAAGCAGAACUCGAAGCAGGGAAAGGGACCUCGUGAAACCUAAAUAUGACCUGGAUAGAACAGAUCCAUUAGAAAAUAAUUAUACACCAGUCUCUUCAGUAUCUAAUAUUUCAUCUGGCCAUUAUCCAGUACCUACUUUGAGCAGCACCAUUACUGUAAUUGCUCCUACUCAUCAUGGUAAUAACACUACCGAAAGUUGGUCUGAAUUUCAUGAAGACCAGGUAGAUCACAACUCUUACGUAAGGCCACCAAUGCCAAAGAAGCGCUGUAGAGAUUAUGAUGAAAAGGGGUUUUGUAUGAGAGGAGAUAUGUGUCCUUUUGAUCAUGGAAGUGACCCAGUAGUGGUAGAAGAUGUGAAUCUGCCUGGCAUGCUGCCUUUCCCAGCACAGCCACCUGUAGUUGAAGGACCGCCUCCUCCUGGGCUGCCUCCGCCGCCUCCAAUUCUCACACCCCCACCUGUGAAUCUUAGACCUCCUGUGCCCCCUCCAGGUCCAUUACCACCCAGUCUGCCACCUGUCACAGGACCACCUCCUCCACUUCCUCCUCUGCAGCCAUCUGGCAUGGAUGCACCACCCAACUCUGCGACCAGCUCUGUCCCUACUGUAGUGACAACUGGCAUUCAUCACCAGCCGCCUCCUGCUCCACCCUCUCUUUUUACUGCAGUUUUUGUGUUACCAGAUACAUAUGAUACAGAUGGCUACAAUCCUGAAGCCCCAAGCAUAACAAACACUUCCAGGCCUAUGUAUAGACACAGAGUGCAUGCACAAAGACCUAACUUGAUAGGACUAACAUCAGGGGACAUGGAUUUACCACCCAGAGAAAAGCCUCCUAAUAAAAGCAGUAUGAGAAUAGUAGUGGAUUCAGAGUCAAGGAAAAGAACCAUUGGAUCUGGGGAACCUGGAGUUUCUACAAAGAAGACGUGGUUUGAUAAACCAAAUUUUAAUAGGACAAACAGUCCAGGUUUUCAGAAGAAGGUUCAAUUUGGAAAUGAAAAUACUAAACUUGAACUUAGGAAAGUUCCUCCAGAAUUAAAUAACAUCAGCAAGCUCAAUGAACAUUUUAGUCGAUUUGGAACAUUGGUUAACUUACAGGUUGCCUAUAAUGGUGAUCCUGAAGGUGCCCUUAUCCAAUUUGCAACAUAUGAGGAAGCAAAGAAAGCAAUCUCAAGUACAGAAGCAGUAUUAAAUAAUCGCUUUAUUAAGGUUUAUUGGCAUAGAGAAGGAGCUACUCAGCAGUUACAGACUACUUCACCAAAGGUAAUACAACCAUUAGUCCAGCAGCCCAUUUUACCUGUUGUGAAGCAGUCAGUCAAAGAGCGAUUGGGUCCUGUACCUUCAGGUACUAUUGAACCGGCGGAAGCCCAGAGUGCUGCUUCAGACCUUCCCCAGAAUGUAACUAAGUUAUCUGUGAAGGACAGGUUGGGUUUUGUAUCAAAGCCAUCUGUUUCAGCAACUGAAAAGGUGUUGUCUACAUCUACUGGCCUCACAAAAACGGUGUAUAAUCCAGCUGCUUUGAAGGCUGCACAAAAAACUCUCCUAGUUUCUGCCCCUGCAGUUGAUAAUAAUGAAGCACAGAAAAAGAAACAGGAGGCACUGAAACUUCAGCAAGAUGUAAGAAAAAGGAAGCAAGAAAUUUUAGAAAAGCACAUUGAAACACAGAAGAUGCUAAUUUCAAAACUAGAGAAAAACAAAACAAUGAAGUCUGAAGAUAAAGCAGAAAUAAUGAAAACAUUAGAGGUUUUGACAAAAAAUAUUACCAAGUUGAAAGAUGAGGUCAAAUCUACAUCUCCUGGACGCUGUCUUCCAAAAAGCAUAAAAACAAAGACUCAGAUGCAGAAAGAAUUGCUUGACACAGAAUUGGAUUUAUAUAAGAAGAUGCAGGCUGGAGAAGAAGUCACUGAACUUAGAAGAAAAUAUACAGAAUUACAGCUGGAAGCUGCUAAAAGAGGAAUUCUUUCAUCUGGCCGCGGUAGAGGAAUCCAUACACGAGGUCGAGGGGCAGCUCAUGGCCGGGGCAGGGCCAGAGGUCGAGGACGAGGUGUGCCUGGACAUGCUGUGGUGGAUCACCGGCCCAGAGCAUUGGAGAUAUCAGCGUUUACAGAGAGUGAUAGAGAAGAUCUUCUUCCUCACUUUGCGCAAUAUGGUGAAAUUGAGGAUUGUCAGAUUGAUGAUGCUUCACUUCAUGCGAUAAUUACAUUCAAGACAAGAGCAGAAGCAGAAGCUGCAGCAAUUCAUGGAGCUCGUUUCAAAGGGCAGGAUUUAAAACUGGCAUGGAAUAAACCAAUACUUAAUAUUUCAGCUGUGGAAACUGAAGAAGUUGAACCUGAUGAAGAGGAACAGAGAGAGAGCAUCACUGCCUGAAUUUGGCUUUGUGACUCUACGAGCAAGCCCGUCCUGUCCUGUCCUGUCUGGAGAUGACUGUUAACAUCCUGUCAUUUGGUUUGCCCUUUAUCAAUCUGAAUAGCUGUUUACUUGUACUGUGAUGACCAUUUUAUCUUUACAGUUCUGUACAAGUACAUCUGAGUCCAGAAGUGUACCAAGUGUGUGAUAUUUAUGACCUUACUCAUAGAUGUUUUCUCCCCUUUAUAGCAAUUUAACUUGUAAAACACCUUAAGAAGGAGCAAAGGCCUUUUAGCUUCCUUAUGAGAUGUAUUAUGUCUCAGGCAAACUGAGAAAUGUGUCUGUGAAAUCUAUAAAGCCAUGAGAGCAUUAAUUGAACAGUUUAGAAUGAAGAAAAUGAAUUAAAAAGUUAAACAUAAGUUUGGCUUUAAUUUUUUUUUAUUUUUAGGAUGUAUUUAUUGAAUUAGGAUAGCCACUGAAAAUAAUUUUGAACAGAGUGUAAAGUUCUUUUUACAUACUGUAAUUAGUUAUGUAUUUCUUGUGAGCAUCUUAAUUGAGGGGAUUGCCAGGACCAUUUUACUCCAGUGCAUUUUUUGUCAUUCUUAACUCCCAAAAACGAAGAAAAUAUUUUAUUUCUUUUCAAAUAAUAAAUGAUAACCUAUGGGUUCUAAAACUGAACAACAUCUAUUAAGUUUGUCUAAUUUAUACAGUUUUCAUCAUUUGUAAUCAGGGAUCAAAGACAAUCCUACAAGCAAGGGGAAAUAGUGUUAAGUGUUUUUAAAGAAUAGCUUUCAGCUGCUCUAAAAAUAUAUCUACUAAUUAUUUAUAAGCAGUAUAGCUUAAACUAAAGUAUACAAUUAAAAUUCUCAUUCUAAAUAUGAAUUAAAAUUUUUUAUAGCACACCAGAAAUUUUUUUUCACUAAGUUUUGUUUUUUUUUUUGAGUAUUCCUUCAUAGAUUCUUAGGGGUUUGUGAGAAGUCUAACAUGAUAGCCACUCUGACUUAGAACCAAAUUAUAUUGAAUCUGAUUUCUUUCUUUUUAAGCUCUACCCAGUCACACUUUCUUUCAUGCAAAGCUGAUAUUCUACAAACACUUUUUCCCUCUUGAGUAUGCAUUGUGAUUGUCUUCAUGAAUAAUAAAAUGUAACAAACUCAUUAGUCAUAUUAUAAAUUAUCUGUCUUGAUCCACAUUGAUUAUACAUGCAUGGUUAAAGGAAAAGCAUGUAUUUUAGAUAAUUAUUAUCUAAAUAAUAAUUUAGAUAGCCUACAAGGCAUUCUGUUUGGUUGUCUUUCCAGCCCUACCAACUUUUUUUGUUCUUUUUUACAGAUAUGCAGAUAGCCGUGAGGAAUCCAUAAAUGUUUUACCAGAAUAGUUGAUAUUUUUACUUUGAAAGAAGGCUUUACAGUAGUAGUGCUGUAGCUGCUUACUUUAGAGCCAAAGAACAUUGUCGGAAGAAACCACACCUGUCAGCCAGUAGCUCUUUUGAUUGCUUAAUAGGUGACUGCUGCACACUGUCACAUUAACUUACUUUGCUAUUGCCUUUUUCUUUUGCUGUUGGGUUAAAAACAAAGCAAAACAAAGUGGAACAUGCCCUUGGGGAUCAGAAGUCAAAUUGAUUUCUCCUUAAAAUCAUUGCAUUUUUUAAAAAAGUGUUGGGAGAUUCAGUCGGUCAGUUACAUUUAAGUCCUUAUACAUUGGUUAUUAGAGAUUCCUUUUUAAAUUUUUUUUUUCUUGAAUAGCCUUACCAUGGAGCUAUGUGUACAUAACUGUACAGAAUCAUUUUUGUGUAAUUGAAUGGAGCAGUUUACUUCUGCAUGACUGCAUUAUGGAAGCCUUUUAUAUAUCUUUAUAUUUUUCAAUAUACUUAGAUUUUACACUAUUGGUCGCUCUAGUCAUGCUAUAUUUGUUGUUUUUUUUAAAUAGAAUUUAUAAAUAUUUAUGCUCAAAAUACAGAUCAACUAAAUAUUUUUGGUCUUGUUUACAAGAUAAUACUUUAAAGUGAUACAGACCCCUCAAGUGUCUUAGGAAACAGUCAUUGGUGCUAUAAAACCUUUCAGUGUCAUUGAAUCUGUCGUCUAGUCUUUGCUGGUCUUUAUUUAUUUAUUCCUGCUUACACUUUAAUCUAGCUAGCAGCAGAAUUAUGAAGUGAUAUGUGUUGAGUCGGGUUAAGAGCCCAGCCCCAUUAGAGAACACCUAAUAAUUUAAGAAACUGAUGCAUAAUGACUGUAUUCUUAUUGUGCCCAGCUUCUCCCAAAAGAACAUAGUUUAUUUUGAUAAGAAGGCUAUUAAUUUGAUUAACAUUUUAAAAUGAUAUACUUACUCAAGCAUGUCUUUUUCUCAUAUUUGAAAUGGAAAACUUUUCUAGUCCUAAAAUAAUUACGUAAUUUCACUCUGCUUUAAAUACCCAUCUGUCCUUCACUCAGUUGAAGGAAGAAUAUUUCUUACAAAUAUUUACAGAAUAUUUGAUGAAUUAUAAAGAAAUGAGUUAUUACAUUGUACAAGUUUUCCGUUGAUGUGUACUUCUUGUUUUGCCCCCAAGAUUUUAUUCCAGCACCUUACUGAAUGUUUUCAAGAUACAGUUAAGUAUCAGCAGAGCAUUCAGACAUGUUUGCUUUUGAUUCUCAGAACUCUAAAUCUGUUUUGAGUGUGAUAAUUCUUCAGAAUAUACUGUUUGUCAUCAGAUUUCCUUUAAGGGUUCCUUUACUGGUUUAUUUUAACUCAGUUUCUAUGGACUGUUGUUGAAUAUGAAAACACCAAAGGAGUCUUUUCUCGUCUGAAGACUGGGUUGUUCCAGUGGUUAGUACCUGUGCCCAUAACUAUCCCAUUUCAUGAAUGCGUGUUGGCAUGGGGGACAAUUCCCUGCUCUUUGAGUGGAGCGAAAGUAACUGGUUAAGCUGUAGCAGCUUCCUUGUUUAUUUUUAAAAGUGAUGAUAAAACUUGAACUGAAAAAGGUAAAACUUGAACUAGAAAACUACUCUUGUAUGCACAGAAUGUUUAUAGUGACUGUGUUUGUGUGGGUUGUCAACACUUCUAUUAUUUAUAGUUGAAUUAUGUUGUUUAUUAAAUAUCCAUGUUUAUUAUUUUUAUAUUUUGAAAUUUUAAAAAUAAAAUAGUCUUAAUAAAAACAGUUGUUAAUGUUUUAAAAUUA